AUGCCAUCCGGAACAACUCCAACUCAGGUCAUGCAGUGUCCUCAAGACUACGGCAUGGCAGAUGUUGGAAUUGAUGUCACCCCCGAGGCCAUCCAGUUGCUUCGAGAACGCCUCCCAGCUCGUACCGAAAUCCUUCGGUGGGUUAGCGACGAGUUUGAAUGUGUCGCCCAGGAUGCCUAUGAUGCAAUUGGGCAACCAAGCUUAGAAGGAUCACAAGCUGUUGCGCGAGGGUGGGAGAUAUUUGCACAGAUGGCAGAGGCCAUUGAAGUGCUCGUGCAUGGCACAACAUAG